AUGCUUGUUAGAGUACACUCGCUUUCUCUUCUGGCGGCCAUCGCGGCCUCAGGAGUCAACUUGGCUUCCGCCGCCCCCUUCGAGUCAUCGUCUGCUCUCGCUCCCAGAGACAUGCCGCGCCCACGCUUCGGAAACGUCCCCUACGGUGUCGAUAUCACUCACUGCACCACCAAGGGCAAGGUAGCCCUUACUUUCGAUGAUGGCCCCGGCGAGUUGACCGAGAAGAUUGUCGACACUCUCGAGAAGAACGGCAACAUCAAGGCCACCUUUUUCCUCGUUGGCACCAACGGCAACAACGGCAUUGCCAACGCCGCCUACACACCUCUCCUGAAGCGCAUGCUCGACGCUGGUCACCAGCUUGGCAGUCACUCAUGGAGCCACAAGGACUUCAACACCAUCUCCCACGAGGAGAAGAUCCAGGAGCUUGUUAAGAACGAGGAGGUUUUCGCAAAGGUGCUCGGCUUCGUUCCCACCUACUUCCGCCCCCCUUACACCCACUGUGACGGAGCAUGCCUCGCCGCUCUGAACGAACUCUCUUACCACGUUACCGACUACAACCUUGACACCAAGGACUGGGUUGACGGUGGUGCCAACUCCAAGGCGACCUAUGCUAAUGCUAUCAACGGUGGCAACCCGUCGAGCGAUUCCUUCAUCUCUCUGGCCCACGACAUCCACUCUUUCACCGCCAACGGUUUUGUCCAGUACAUGAUCGACGUCGCCAAGGAGAAGGGCUACCAGUUCACCACCAUUGGUGACUGCCUCGGCGACCCCAAGGCUAACUGGUACCGUGACCCCAAGAGCGGCGAGCCUUGGUCCGGCGUCAAGGAGGAGCCCAAGCCUACGACGACUACCAAGUCUGCUGCUCCCACUUCUUCGUCAGAGACCAAGAAGGAGAGCAAAACCGAGACCAAGACCGAGACCAAGACCGAGUCUGCCACGGCGAAGGCCACUCCCAGUAAGAGCGCCUCUGAGGAUGACAACGAGACUGAGACUGAGAAGCCUACCGGCGCCACAACCGCCAAGCCUCCAGGCCCUUCCGCUACCAUCAAUGGUGGUGCCAACGUCGGCCUCGGCCCCGUGACGCCUACCGGCACCACCGGCGGUGCAGCCCCAACAGGCACCCCAUCCGUCGUCGAAGUCAACGGCGCCGGACGCGCCGUCUUCUCCAUCGGCGGCGUUCUUGCUGGCGCUUUCGCCUGGGCCAUGAUGAUCUAA